GGAAGAGAAACUGCUACCAGUUGAUAUUGUAAGCAGGUAUAGAGAGAGAGAGAGAGAUGGCAAUUCCAGCCGCGUUGAGCACUAUUGCUUACUCGGCAAACAGACCAUUAUCGAAUUCGACUCCAUUCUCCUCUUCUCACAAAGCCAAGAGGCUGCUUUGCUGUGCAUCUCUCUCCAAUUUUGUUGGGAGCUCAGAAGCAGCAGGUGUGUGCUUGAGUGUUGGAACCCACCUCAUUCCCCAUCCCGACAAGGUUGAGAAAGGCGGAGAAGACGCCUUCUUUGUGAGCAGCCACCGCGGCGGAGUCAUUGCGGUGGCCGACGGCGUUUCCGGUUGGGCUGAAAAAGAUGUGAAUCCAGCUCUUUUCUCGCGUGAGUUGAUAGCUCACGCCUCUAGCUUGGUGGAAGAUGAAGAGGUUAACUAUGAGCCACGAAGUUUGAUUAGAAAAGCACAUGCUGCUACCACUUCCAUUGGCUCUGCCACCGCAGUUGUUGCAAUGCUUGAAAGGAAUGGGAUACUGAAGUUGGCAAAUGUAGGGGACUGCGGUGUGAGGAUCAUACGCAAAGGUCAAAUAGUGUUUUCUACAUCUCCACAAGAACACUAUUUUGACUGCCCAUAUCAGCUGAGUUCAGAGGCUGUUGGUCAGACAUUCCUAGAUGCCACGGUGAUGAGUGUGGAAGUGAUGGAAGAGGAUAUGGUCGUGAUGGGGUCGGAUGGGCUGUUUGACAAUGUUUAUGACAAAGAAAUUCUUUCAGUUAUGGAUUCAUAUGAUAGUGUAGCUGAUGCUGUGGUUUGUAUGUAGCAAAGGCAUUAGCUAAUCUUGCUCAUAACCAUUCAAUGGAUUCGACCUUCGACUCCCCUUAUUCCGUAGAAGCUCGAGCACAGGUGAGUAGUUCAUCUCAUUUUGCAAUUUCUACUUAUUCUUAAUAAGAAAUGUGGUGUUUUUGAGCAGGGUUUUGAUGUUCCUUGGUGGAAGAAAAUCAUGGGGAUGAAGUUAACAGGCAGGAUUUCGAUAAGCCUUCUUAUUAUCCAUACCUUUUGAUGUUAAUAGUUGGCUCUCUGUUUAAAAUGGACAGGUGGGAAGCUCGAUGAUAUCACUGUCAUUGUAGGAAAGGUGGAGAGCUCGUUGAGCUCUUGAGAGAAAGAGAGUCAAAAGAAAUUCUUGGUAUUGAUCGAUUGUUAUGGGAAUGUACAUGAUGAUUUUCCUUUGGAAGUAAAUAAUAAAAUUUUGAAAUGCACAACA